UAUUUAAUUGUCAAUGUCAAUUCAAACAACACAGCAACAGAAAAGGCAUGCAUUUAUUGUGUAAAUAAAUGUGAAGUUAGUAAAAUACGUUUAAUAAAAUGAGUAUCCUUUAUAAAAGUGAAAAUUACUGUGCACUUGAUCAUCAUGGUUACAUUUCAAAAACUUACCAGAAAGUAAUCAUUACACCCGAACAGUUUAAAUCUUAUGCUCUUACAGGAUCAAUUUUUUCAAUAUCUAAUAAUAUUUCAAGCGAUGUAAAUACCGGAAAGUCUAGAAAACGAAAAAAAGAUGCAAAUAUUAUUAAUCAAGAGGCAUCAUCGGUGCAAGCAAAGUUUAAGAAAUUCCUGCAAUUAAUAUCAAUAGAUGUUAUUGAACAUUUUAAACAUAACUACAGAUUUGUAGAUACUUCGUCCGUAAGGAACAUUGCAAAGAAAUAUUUUGAAUCCACUAUUUUCGAAUUUUCAAACGUAAGUGGGGGAAAUGACUCAAAUUUGCCAGUUAAAUGUAAAAUUAAUGAUGAUUAUUUUCUUAUACCACAGAAUUCACGGUUUUUUUGUGGAGAAGUCAAAGAUGGUUGUAAAAAACUUCAUGGUAAUAAAUAUAAUAUUGUGAUAGCAGAUCCUCCUUGGUGGAACAAAUUUAUAAGAAGGUUGAAAGCUGCAAACUCCAAGUUAAGUUAUUCUAUGAUGUAUAAUGAAGAUAUAGCAAAUAUACCAAUUAAAAACCUUUUUGCUGAUAACUGCCUUGUUGCAGUUUGGUGCACCAACUCACCAAGUAAUGUGACUGCAUUAAAAGAGGUGAUAUUCCCUAAUUGGGAAGUAGAGUAUGUAACAACAUGGUAUUGGCUCAAAGUGACCAGAGAUUUGAAACCACUCUGCGAAUUUAACACUGGAUGUAAUAAACAGCCAUAUGAGAGAAUAAUUAUAGGAAAGGUUGGUGAUGUAAAGAAUGUUCCGGAAGAUAAUUUGAUUGUGAGUGUACCAAGUGCUUUACACUCGCACAAACCACCUUUGUUAGAUAUUUUAUCCUCGUACAUAGCACCUGAGGAUCCUCAAGCUUUGGAACUAUUUGCAAGAUAUUUACUACCAAAUACUACUAGUGUAGGUUAUGAACCACUCAAAUGGCAACAUAUUUCACUUUUUGAAGUUUUAGAUGAAAACAAAACAGAUGUAUGUACUCACAAUGAGCAAGACUUGACAUAAUUUAUUUUAUCAAAAAUUAUGAUGUAUGUUUUUUUUAUUUAACAAUUUAAAUAUUAAAUCAUAAAUGAUUUUAGACAA